AUGGCAGAAACCGGCAGCGGCCGCCCCGGCUCGUCAGCCGCUGGCUACCCCUCAACCAUCUCACCAAGUCCGCGGCCCUCGGUGGCCAGUCGCACAAGCCAGUCUAGUCUACGACGAGACCGAGACCGAGACCGAGACCGAGACCACCACGAGGCUUCAACUCUCCCACGGCCCUCUGUGGCGCAUUCGAAUUCCCCGCAACCAGCACCAGCCCCAGAAGGCUUGGGUGAUCCCGCGCCUUUAUCCUCGUCGCCGCCGUCCCAGCCCUCCUUUACCCCCAUAUUCACCCUCCUUGCCUCAAGCACACAUCCAUCACAACGCCAAACGACCCACCACCCAACCGUUCACUACAUAUUUGCCGAUGACGACGCAGAUGAUCUCACGGCUGCCCUAGCCCAUCACCACAGAGCAGGAAGCUGGGGCGACCGUGAGGAUGCCGGAUCGGACAGCGGCCGCGAUCGCGCCAUACUUCUUGACAUGGCUCCAGCAAUAGAAGGCCCCGGAUUUGAGGUGGUGUGGGCCAGCAGCCUGUCGCCUGACUGGGCUGUCGUAUCAGCCCGUGUGGGUCGUAUGGAAGGAGGUGAUGGUGGCAGUUUGGCGGUCGGGCGUAGCAGUAGCCUUGGUGCGUUGGUCUUGAGAAUCGAAGGCGUGAGCCUCGAGUCGCCUUCCGGCGCCGCUAUGCUUACCGGGCCUGUAAAUGCGCCGACGCCUGAGGCGGAUUUGCAGUCAUCAGGGGCUAGUGGCACACGACAACAGCAGCCGGCCGGGGAGGAAUACACUGGCUUGCUCCUGGAGUUUGAGAAACGGAUGGGAGUUCUCCGGCGUGUUGUUGAAGCUGGGGGAGAGAAACACUGCAAGGAUGACGGCGAUCAGCCUGAGGGGGGUGCGGGUCGUGAUUGA